AUGGCUAGGAGGAGAAGACGCCAUCUAUUCAACACCAUCUUUGACACCAGAAAAGAACUGUUCCCGGGAACAAGCGACAGUAGAGGAGUCGGCGACGUUGGCGUUCUGGUCAACACGAUUUUGGCCAUGAACAUGGAUUCAUUCGAACAACUAACAACCCGAACUGAAGGUUUACCACUGAAGAGAUGUGGACCAUUACCGGCUCUGACAAUCUUUGGUUUCCAUGCACCGCCAUCAAACUAUGGAGAAGAUGAAGUCGAGGCAUUCUAUAUGGAUUUGUACAGGUUUUACACAGAAGACGAUAAAUUUUCAAGGCUACCAUUGGACAUUUAA